GCGGCUGUAUUCAACAUGACGACCUGGUUACAGGCACUGGUUUUGGUCUUUUUGUUUUGCAAUGCAUGCAGCAACCCAGUUUCCCAGCCUUCGUUGGUUUUGGACAUGGCUAAAGUAUUAUUGGAUAAUUACUGUUUCCCAGAGAACUUGUUUGGAAUGCAGGAAACUAUAGAGCAAGCUAUCAAAAGUGGGGAGAUUCUGCACAUCUCAGACCCUUACACCUUAGCAAAUGUCUUCACUGCUGGAGUACAAGGUUCCUUAAAUGACCCACGUCUUGUAGUCUCUUAUGAACCUUCUGACACUGUAGUGACUAAAGAGAAAGAGACAAUCCCCAAUCUAGAGGAACUGGAAUUCCUGGUAGACCAUUCUAUCAAGUAUGAACUUCUGCCUGGUAACAUUGGCUACCUCAGGGUUGACUGCAUUAUUGGACAAGAAGUAGUGCAAAAACUUGGUCCCUUUCUGGUCAACAAUAUAUGGAAGAAGCUGAUGACAAGUUCUGCACUUAUUCUGGACCUAAGAUACAGUACCCAGGGGAAGGUUUCAGGCAUUCCUUUUGUAGUGUCAUACCUGUGUGAGCCUGAACCAGUUAUCCACAUUGACACCAUUUAUAAUCGUCCAUCCAAUACCACAAUGGAACUGAGAACAUUGCCUGCACUGCUGGGUGAGCGUUAUGGCAAGGAUAAAGAUGUUUUAGUGCUCACAAGUAGGCACACCCAGGGCAUAGCUGAGAAUGUUGCAUAUAUCCUGAAGCAUAUGAACAGGGCAAUCAUUGUGGGAGAAAAAACAGCAGGUGGGUCACUUGAUAUCCAGAAAAUGCAGAUUGGACAGUCAGACUUUUUUAUUACUGUCCCUGUGUCUCGGUCCAUUAGCCCCUUAACUGGCCAGACCUGGGAGGUGGCUGGUGUCUUUCCUUGUGUAAUAGUGAAUGCAGAGGAUGCAUUAAAUAAAGCUGUGGCCAUCCUGUUUGUUCGCUUCCAAAUUCCAAAUGUAUUGGGGCAGCUAAUUGAGAUCCUUAAGAAUUAUUACGCUUUCAAUGACCGCAUCCCAUCAUUGAUACAACACCUUUCCAACAUUGACUACUCAUCAGUUAUUUCUGAAGAAGAUCUGUGUUCCAAACUCAAUUAUGAACUUCAGUCAGUUACAGAAGACCCACGAUUGGUUGUAAGGUAUAAGUUAGACACCCCUGUCAUUCCAGAAGAAUUCCCUGUGGUUAAAAACCUACCAGAAGAUGAGUCCAUCAUCCAAGCUAUGGUUAACACUGUCUUCAAAGUAAAUAUCCUUCCAGGCAAUAUUGGUUAUUUGCGCUUGGACGAGUUUGCUGAUGCCUCCAUUCUUGACAAAUUAAGUCCCUAUAUUGUUAACAAAGUAUGGGAUCAUAUCACAAGCACAGAGAGCCUCAUUAUAGACCUGCGUUACAAUUCUGGAGGGCCGUCUUCUGCUGUCCCCCUGCUACUUUCAUACUUUCAAGAACCAGAUAGCAGGGUCCGUCUCUUUACCACAUACGACCGACUGGUUAACACAACUAAAGAAUUCUUUACUCUUCCUGAACUCCUUGGAAAACCAUAUGGGUCUAAAAGAGGAGUAUAUAUUCUAACUAGCCACAGAACUGCCACAGCAGCUGAAGAAUUUGCUUACCUCAUGCAGUCGCUGAGCAGAGCAACCAUUAUUGGUGAAAUCACUUCAGGAACACUCAUGCAUUCAAAAUCAUUUAAUCUAGAAAGGACCCAGUUAACUAUUACUGUACCAGUAAUUAACUUCAUAGAUAACAAUGGUGAUUGCUGGCUGGGAGGUGGAGUAGUUCCCGAUGCUAUUGUCCUAGCAGAAGAAGCAUUAGACAAAGCUAAGGAAAUUAUUGUCUUUCACCCAGAGGUUUUUGCCUUGGUAGAGGGAACUGGUAUACUCCUUGAAGUACAUUAUGCCAUUCCAGAGGUGGCUAAUAAAGUCAGUAGCGCACUUCAGAGUAAAUGGUCUGAAGGUGGUUAUCGUUCAGUGGUGGAUCUUGAAUCCCUUGCAUCCCAGCUUACAACUGACAUGCAAGAGGUCUCUGGUGAUCAUAGGCUUCAUGUCUUCUACAGUGACAUAGAGCCAGAGGUUAUGGAGGACAAGCCACUAAAAAUCCCUUCCCCUGAAGAGCUGAAUUACAUAAUUGAUGCACUGUUUAAAAUUGAAAUCCUUUCAGGAAAUGUGGGAUACUUACGCUUUGACAUGAUGGCAGAAGCAGAAAUCAUUAAAACUAUUGGCCCACAGCUAGUCAGUUUGGUCUGGAAUAAGUUAGUGAACACAACUUCUUUGAUUAUUGAUAUGAGAUUCAACACUGGUGGCUACUCAACCGCUAUACCUAUAUUCUGUUCAUACUUCUUUGACCCAGAACCUCCCCAGCACCUAUACACGGUAUAUGACCGCAGCACAUCAACAGGUACUGAGAUAUGGACACUGCCAGUGGUAGCUGGGCAAAGAUAUGGUUCCACUAAGGAUAUUUAUGUACUCACCAGUCACAUGACAGGGUCUGCAGCUGAAGCAUUUACCAGGUCUAUGAAAGAUUUAAACAGGGCUACCAUCAUUGGGGAGCCAACAGGUGGAGUUUCAUUGUCUGUGGGUAUGUACAGAGUAGGGGAAAGCCAUCUUUAUGUUUCAAUCCCUAAUCAAGUGGUAAUCAGCUCUGUGACAGGCAAAAUAUGGAGUGUAUCUGGUGUAGAGCCUCACAUUACCAUCCAAGCCACUGAGGCAAUGAAUGUUGCAGAACAUAUAAUCAAACUGCGCUCCAAGAUACCUUCUGUAAUUCAAACAGCUGGUAAGCUGGUUGCAGAUAAUUAUGCAUUUGCUGGAACAGGUGCAGAUGUAGCUUCCAGACUCCUUUCUUUGGUGGAGAAAAAAGGCUACAAAAUGAUUAAAUCUGAGGUGGAGUUGGCUGACAAACUAAAUUAUGACCUUCAGACUCUCUCUGGAGAUGUCCACCUUAAGGCUUUAUACAUACCGGAGAACUCUAAGGAUCAUAUUCCAGGGAUAGUACCCAUGCAGAUCCCAUCUCCAGAGAUGUUUGAGGACCUUAUAAAGUUCUCCUUCUACACUGAUGUGUUUCCAAAGAACAUUGGUUAUAUGCGAUUCGACAUGUUUGCUGAAUGUGAUCUUCUUAACCAAGUGUCAGAUCUUCUUGUAGAGCAUGUCUGGAAAAAGGUUGUGAAUACAGAUGGGUUAAUAAUCGAUAUGAGAUUUAACAUAGGUGGACCAACUUCCUCUAUCCCAGCUCUUUGUUCGUAUUUUUUUGAUGAAGGGGCGCCUGUUCUGCUGGAUAAAGUGUACAAUCGGACAGCUAACACGUUCACAGAUGUGUGGAGCCUCCCUCAGGUUGCAGGCUCUUCCUAUGGGUCAAAAAAACCUGUUGUCAUCCUUACCAGUUCGGUGACAGAAGGAGCAGCUGAGGAGUUUGUGUAUAUAAUGAAGAGACUGGGACGGGCUCAAGUGGUCGGAGAAGUGACAAGUGGAGGCUGCCACCCUGCACAGACGUACCAUGUGGAUGACACCCAUUUGUACCUUAGCAUUCCCACGUCCCGUUCUGCCAUGGAUGACCCAGGACUAGCAUGGGAAGGAAAGGGGGUAAUCCCAAACACUGAGGUUUCUUCUGAAAAUGCUCUUCUAAAAGCAAGAGAAAUCCUCGAGUCACAAAUACAAAUGGACAGGUAGAAAUUAUAGGUGUAGAUAUUCUGUUUUAGGAUGCUUAAGUAAGGUCCACAUUUUAACAACCUAACAUGUUUCGCACAAACACAUACUGUUUUGUUCUGCUCCACACAUGUACUAUACUUUGCCUUCACCAUCCUAAAGAUAUUGGUUUGCAUAGCACAGACACAUUUACACAGCUUUGCACCGCAUAUAUGUACAAUCUGCUCUAAUAACAUGUGACUUAAGCCUGAUGCACAAUGCAGGACAACUGUAGAGUAUUUUAAAGGGAAAUCAUAAUGACUAAGGAGGAAAUAU